GGAGCGAAAGAAGUCCUUCCAUCGUUGCCUCUAUCGGCAUGGCUUCCCUCCAACUAAAGAAGCCUAUCCUGGAAUCCGCAAAUUGCCAACAUGAUGAUCACACUACUGCCCAAAAACACCAAGAGGCAGAUGCCAAGCGAGGAGUGAUCGUGGAGAGUGAGAAACAUCAGACUGAAUUCUGUUCACAUGGGUCAGAAUCGCUGCAACGUGGAAAACAAACCAUUGCCGCUGGGAAGACAAAAGAGAGAGGCAAGAAAGAAGCAAGGAAGGAGCUGCAUGCUGCGACAUAUGAUGGUUCUAACAUGGUAGCACUGAAGCCCAAGAAAGCUGGGAAUAAGAUUAAGGAAGAGAAGAAAAACGAGGAGGAGAAGAAGAAGAGCAAGAGAAAGAGCAGGGAUGACAGCAGCAGCAGCAGUAGUGAAAGUGAGGAUGAUGUUUGCAGCAAGAAGAAGGGAGGGAAGGAGAAGAAGAAUAAGUAGAGAUAAAGUGGUCUAGUAUUGUAAUGUGGAGAAUAAAAGUCCAAUGCCACAGGACUGACAUGAUUGCAACACCUCUUACCAAGGAUCAGUCUGUUUAGUAUCUUCACCACAUGCAUUUGACUAUAUAUGAAAAUCUCUAGUGCUGUUGUGUGCC